CGUUGAAAUUAGUCGAACGAAAUCGGCCGGUGUACGAUCAUUGAUAUCGUGUUUUACUUAAAGUCUUUACAUUUACGCAUUUUCUUGGAUUAAAAACUUAAGCAAUGGCUUCGAGAGUACCAAAUCUUGUGUUUAAUAAUGGCAGAAAGAUGCCUAUCAUUGGACUCGGAACCUGGAAUUCUCCACCAGGAGAAGUCGCCAGGGCUGUUGGUGAUGCAAUUGAUAUCGGCUAUCGUCAUAUCGAUGGAGCUCACCUUUACCUAAAUGAACACGAAGUCGGCCAAGGUCUAAACAGCAAAAUCCAGGAAGGAGUUGUUAAACGCGAGGAUAUGUUCAUCACAUCGAAACUAUGGAACAGUUCUCACGAUACUGCUUACGUGCGAGCUGCUAUUGAUCGAACUCUUAAAGACCUGAACACUCCGUAUCUUGACCUGUAUCUGAUUCACUGGCCGAUGGCAUAUCAGCCCGGAGGUGAUCCAUUCCCGAAAGACGACAAAGGUGACAUCAUUUAUUCGUUUGUGGAUUUCGUUGACACGUGGAAGGAAAUGGAGAAGGCCGUUGAUGAAGGUCUCAUAAAAAGUAUUGGUGUGUCAAAUUUCAACAAGAGACAAUUGGAAAAACUGGUGGCAAACUGUCGCAUUAAGCCAGUCAUUAACCAAUUUGAGUGCCACCCGUAUCUAACGCAGAAAAGACUGAGCGAAUUCUGUAAGUCAAUUGACGUUGCAGUCACAGCAUACGCUCCAUUAGGAUCACCAACUCGACCAUGGGUGACGAGUGAUGAUCCAGUCCUUCUCGAAGAUCCAAAGAUUCUAAGUCUGUCAACGAAGUACAACAAAACUGCUGCCCAGGUUCUAAUUCGCUACCAAAUUCAGAGAGGACACAGUGUGAUUCCAAAAUCCGUAACAAAAGGCCGAAUUCAAUCGAACUUCGAAGUGUUCGAUUUUGAACUAACCAGUGACGAUAUGGCACUAAUCGACACCUUCGAUUGUAAUGGACGUGCUUGUCCACAGGCUGAAGGUCGCAAUCACCCCGAAUGGCCAUUCAACGACGAAUAUUAAUGUUGCGGAAAAUCGUUCCGUUGCAAUCACUAUACCGAUGUACCAAAAUUGAUAGACUAGGAUGUGCAUUUGAAAUAAAAUUUUAUUUUUUUGUUAAAAUUGUGA